ACACGGACUGCUCGGCUGCGAUGACUUCCGGUUGACGCUCGGCGCUGUGAGGCUGUAGCAAGCGAUGGUUCUCGGGAGAUAGUACAACUACCGAGUGAAACCGGAAUAAAAAUUCCCUCAGAAUGAGCUGGAUUCCCUUCAAGAUUGGACAACCAAAAAAACAGAUCGUCUCUAAAACUGUUGAAAGAGAUUUUGAGCGUGAAUAUGAAAAACUCCAAAAGUUGGAAGAUCAGACCAAGAAGCUUCACAAAGACAUGAAGAAAAGCACAGAGGCUGAUUUAGCUAUGUCUAAAGCAGCAGUGAAGAUCUCGGCAGAUCUGCUGAAUAACCCACUAUGUGAGCAGGAUCAGGCCUUCCUGGAGUCCAUGACUGCUUUGGACACAGCCAUGAAAAGAAUGGACGCCUUCAACCAGGAGAAGGUAAACCAGGUUCAGAAGACUGUUAUUGAUCCUCUGAAAAAGUACAGCGGUGUCUUCCCAAGCCUUAACAUGGCGGUGAAACGUCGGGAACAGGCCCUGCAGGACUACAAGCGCUUGCAAUCCAAAGUGGAGAAAUAUGAAGAGAAAGAAAAAACUGGACCUGUGAUGGUCAAACUACACCAGGCAAAAGAGGAGCUGAAGCCGGUCAAGGAGGACUUCGAGGCCAAGAACAAACAGCUGCUGGACGAGAUGCCCAAAUUCUACCAGAGCCGCAUCGACUACUUCCAGCCCAGCUUUGAGGCUCUUAUCCGUGCUCAGGUGGUCUACUUCACUGAAAUGUACAAGAUCUUCAGCGAGUUAACGGAGCAGAUCGACCAAGCUGCUUUGACUGACGAGCAGAGGCAGAGGGAGACUGAGGCCAAGCUCAGCGAGCUGCGCUCUCUGUCCAUUGUCGCCAACGACUGAGGGAGGAAAGCUGAACGUCGGGACGUGCUCUUUUCAUGCCUCUCUGAAUGGAUUGCUCUCUUUCCAAGCUCCUCUGGAGUUCAGACGGACAGCAGUGGCCUUAACCUGAUUAUGGGCUUGUUUUGUUGCAGCCUCACAACCCCACCCCCCUUUUUCUUGUUGCACUACAACCUCGUGUGUCAUUCUCAAAUCAGAGCAGCUGAAAGCCACAUUAACAAAGCCAUCAGCCAAGUGACAAAUAAAGACAAUUUUUUUUUUUUUUUACAUUAAAAAAUCAAGCAGAUUCAGUCAGAGCUGGUUAUAUCAGGGUUACACUACACUGUGCUUAGAGCUGCUUGUUCUUUCAAGUUGAAUUUGAACAGUAAUGAUUUGUUACAAGUCUCAUCAGCUGUGCUGGUCUUUCAAAGAUGUUUUCAGUCAUUAUUCUUGAAAUUACAAACGGUGCAGGUUUCUUGUUAAAUUGAUAACAGGUUAUUGUCCACAACACUAGUUUUUUGUUUAUUUUUGUCCUUUUCUAAUUAUGUGAGUUCUGAGGGUUUUUUAUUGUAAUUUGGGUUUAAAAUUGUAAACAUAGUAACAUCACCUUUGUGUAAUGUGCCUCUAUUGUUCUGGCUUUAAAUGUAACCUGUGUGAAGUGGGACAUGACCUGUGCAGCGCUGAGGUCACGAGGCUCGGGCAGGAAGGAGAGCGAACCUGUGCACCAAGAAAACAAGUGCUGGCACUCCCUCUAGUGGACAUCCCUCAUGAUGACGCUCACUCCUUUUGUUCGCAGCAUCCAAUCCUUUGUUCUAUUGUUGGUUAAGUGCGUUAGCAAAGAAGCUCACACAUUUCUGGGAUGCUACAGAGUCCCUUUUCACCCUCAACACUAGAACUGGAAGCCAGUUUUUGUUUUUGGCCUCUUAUUUUGGAUGAAGUCAUACUGCUAUUGCACUCCUUUGUUUCCACUGUUGGGCACAGCUUCAGCAUGAAAGACACACCGUCUCAUCUUUUGUGACGUUAAAUUGUUUUCUUUCUGGCCCAAUGGGUAGAUUAUUUAUUCUGGUUUAGACCUUAAGGUUAAGUUGUUCUGUGACACGGGCUGAUUGUUACAAGUAAUUAAUUUUACUAAUGAAGGUACUUUUUUACUUACCAGUAGUUUAGAUUAUUUUAAUUUGAACAGAACUAAAGGAAUUCUUUAGUUUUAGUUUGUUUGUUUUAAUGACAAUUUGUUGUAAACUGUAAUCAAACGUUAAGUAAAUGAA